AUGCAAUCGGAUAGGUCGGAUUCCUCCGGCCCGAUUGCUCAGCGGCUUCUCUCCGUCACCGCAACGGCUGAUAUCGGGGGAAAGCAUAGGAUACUUGCCGAGGUCAAGCGGCUCGAGCAAGAAUCAAGAUUCUUAGAGGAAGAGCUGGAACUGCUUGAUAAGAUAGGGAAAGCAUCAGCUUCAUGCAAGGAAUUGCUGAGCAAUGUAGAGAGCAGGCCUGAUCCCCUGUUGCAAACAACGAAUGGUCCCAUAAACCCAUCAUGGGAUCGAUGGUUCGAAGGUCCCCCAGAAUCCAAAGGCUGCAAGUGCUGGAUUCUCUGA